CAAGGCAACCAAUAUUUUGAGUUUCUUUUAUUUCAUUUGCGAAAGAUUAUUUAAGAAAGGGUGUCGAGGGGAAGUUUCCCGACAGGCAUUUUUAAAGCUGUGUAUUAGCAGACGAGCAGGGGAGUCUUGGAUGUCAACGCCUGACAAACUCUUGAGACCAGCUACCAAACCACGAAAAGGGACUUUCUGAGUCUUUUCUCCGAUGGAAGCAGAAACAGGGAGCACCAUGGAGACCGGAAAGGGCACCAGUCGAGGUGUUCGAAUUGCACUGGCCCUGUUUGUUGGUGGCACCCUGGUCCUGGGCACACUGCUCUUCCUAGUGAGUCAAGGCCUCCUAAGCUUCCAAGCUAAACAGGAGUACUGUCUGAAGCCAGAGUGCAUAGAAGCCGCUGCUGCCAUCAUGAGCAAAGUAAAUCUUUCUGUGGAUCCCUGUGAAAAUUUCUUCCGGUUUGCUUGUGACGGCUGGAUAGACAAUAACCCGAUUCCUGAAGAUAUGCCGAGCUUUGGGGUUUAUCCCUGGCUCAGACACAAGGUUGACCUCAAGCUGAAGGCACUUCUGGAGAAACCGGUUAGUCGAAGGCGGGACAUCGAAGCUGUACAGAAAGCCAAAAUCCUUUAUUCAUCCUGCAUGAAUGAGAAGGCGAUUGAAAAAGCAGACGCCAAGCCCCUGCUCCACAUCUUGCGGCAUUCACCUUUCCGCUGGCCUGUGCUCGAAGCUAAUAUUGGUCCUGAAGGGGUUUGGUCAGAGAGAAAAUUCAGCCUCUUGCAGACGCUGGCAGCCUUCCGUGGGCAAUACAGCAAUUCUGUGUUCAUCCGUCUGUACGUGUCCCCCGAUGACAAGGCGUCCAAUGAACACAUCUUGAAG